GAGGGAGAGUCGGUGUCCGCGUGCGCAUGUUUGCCGCGAAUCUUACUUCGAAUCCUUACACAGUAAAGAUUAAUAUUUCUGGUGAUACAUUUCUGGUGAAUUGCUGUUUGUCAUACGGUUUUGAACGCUUUUCAUGCAAUGUCAUGUUGAAAUAACAUCAUGUUGAAGUGACAAGUGAGAAAUGGGAAUAUAUCCUCCGGAAAGGCUCGAAGAUGGAUGAAAUGGAAAACAUAAGUAUCUGCGAGACACCAUGCAUCACGAUAAACUCGAGCAAUCGCAGUUGGCACGACAGUGUUGAUGACAGUGGUUAUGUGACUAUUACUCCUCAUUCUGGCGGGUAUACACCAAUAAUUUCAAGAUACAGGUCUAGAGUGAGAGCUACUCCAGAUUAUACAGGAAGAGAAACAGUGGAUAUAUUGGCGCUACUCGGAGACAAAAGCAAUCAUUGGAGGAUAGUAUCUAAAAUAUUAUCCUUCCUUGGACCGCAGGAUCUUUGUUCAAUCAGUAUGGUGUCCAAAACAUGGAAGAGAAUCUGUAUAAACGAUUCUAGGGCCAAUACUAGAAGACUGAUCCAUGUAAUACUCAGACAGAAUGCCAAGGAAAAUCUAAAAUUAAUUAAAAAGUCGAAGAUAGAAGGAGAUAUUCAAAGCAGUCCUAGGAGCAGAUACGCCAGGAAAGGAUACUUGUUAGAGGUACAGAAUCUUCUCCAAGUACCAGGAAAUCAACUAUCACCUAGCAGUCCACCUGUUUCUCCCAGCAAAGUCAAAUUCCACUCUUUCGUCAAGGCUAGUCGUACACUCGCGCCCUGGGAACAUUUGUUACCUUGCCCGAGGUGUUCAUUUCCCUGUCACGUGGACGGCGAGAAAAACGUGGGAACAUGUUCGAGGCAAAGUUGCUCCAUGGAAUUUUGCACCUUCUGUUCAUCGAGGCCACACACUGGUCCUUGUAAAACACCGCUAUUAGCCACACCGACCAAGAGGAAUAAACGGCGGCUGAUCAUUGGCUCGAGACAGAGUAAACGAAACCUCAGGAGAUUAUGAACGCUUUCGUUGGAAAACGUCGUCGAUCGUCGGGAGUGUCUUAUUAGAUGAAUUUCAUCCAAAAAAAAAAAAAAAAAAAAAAAGAAAAGAAAAGAAAAAGAAAAAGAA